GCUGUUAUUGUCCUUCCUCGAACAACGGCAUUCAAACGCCUUCAUCGUACCUGCAUGUGCCGCGAAAUGUUUCAGGCUCAUUGCUGGCAACGCUGCACGGUCAAAGCCUCGAACAAGCCAACGGUAGUAACAAUGACACCACAUCUUCUUCUGUUAGCUGCUAUUCUCCACCAAUCAAGAGCGUGUCAGGAGAUUUUCGAAUACUUCGGCACGCUUGACGCCUCCCACGUAGUGUCCAACUACACUCUGAACAGCGCAGGCACUUCGUGUCAGUGUUGCGCGCUGUGCCACAAGCAUCCCACCUGUCAGAGCUUCAGCUUCGACACCAGGUCGCUGUGCUGCACUCUGUACGACAAGGUGGCCUCCUACAUCGACUUUUAUCGCCAGCGUCAGUCGGCUCACAGCGCCCAGUAUUUCCUGAUGCCGGCCCGAUCCCGGAGUGGCGAGUUCUGCCGGCGAGACGCCGACUGCGUCACGCCUGGUGACCUGUGUCGGGGUCGGACCUGCACCACUGCGACCACCGUCACCUGCAGGGACAUCCACCGGGCCGGACCGCGCCUGCCCGACCACCGCUACUGGAGCGUCCUGAACGGGCAGCAGGUCCUCACUUACUGCCGCAUGGAGGGUGGCUUCGGCGGCGCCACUCUGCUGCUGGCCUACCAGAGCUCCGGUGUCACCCCCUGGAGCUACGGCAACCUGCAGGACAAGCCGACCGGCAGCCCCAGCGAGACUGAGGACUUCUCCAUCCUCAAGUAUGCUGAUGUCAUUCGAGAUCACCAAACGUCAGCGGAGUACCAUGUGUGGAUCAUUGCUAAAGCCACCAGCACUCUGCCAGAGACAAAGCAGAACUUCACUGCCAGCCGCAGCCUGAGUCUGCUGGGCACGAAGAGGUACCUCCUCUCUUCCGGGCUGUUCACGGCCGUGCCGGACCUGACGUACGACAUCUCCUACCUGGUGUUCCCCCACAUCACCACCAACUGCACCACCCUGUACUCGACGGGCAACUACGACUGCAACAGCCGCAGAGCGCUGGUCAGGUCCGACGACCGGCCCUGGUGGCCGUUCGGGGCGCAGGCCCGCGACACCAUUCUAAUCUACAUCACCGAGUAGAGAAGGCUGUACUUACUUACAUACAUACAGGUCCGCGACACCCCUCCUCUACAUUACCGAGUAGAGAAGUGUGUACUUACUUACAUACAGGUCCGCGACACCAUCCUCCUCUACACUACCGAGUAGAGAAGGUUGUACUUACAUACAUACAGGCGUGCGACACCACCCUCCUCUACAUUACCGAGUAGAGAAGGUUGUACUUACUGACAAGUACAGGCGUGCGAAGCUAUACUCCUCUAUAUCUCCGAGUGGUAGGUAUAUGUGACUGUACAGUUAGAUAGGUGUUCGUUGACACUUUUUUCUCCUCUUUCUCAACGAGACAAGUCACAAGUCUGUUGCCUAGGAGAUAUCUCGUGAGCCCGUUAUGUUUGCCUUCGAGGGUGUGAUGAAGUACCCUCCUAUAUCAUUCUGUUCUUCGCUAAAGACUGUUUCCGUGUGGGGAGGUAUGUUACGGGCGGCUGCGACCACCCGUUGCCCGUUGGCUAGAGUCGCCCAUGGCGAGCUCCCGGCUGGGCGGGCCUGGCACCGCCCCUGCCACGUGACCCCGGGGCGGGUCAGCGGCGGGUGGUCGGGGGCGGGGGGGGGGGGGGCGAUCGGUGUCCGACGAAACGGCAUAGGACAGCGGCGGCUAGCGGUUCUGAGUUGCAGUAUUAUUCGCUUUCGCAACAUAUAAUAAAUAGCGCGCUUACCUCUAACUGUGUGUUGCUUGCAUGAUAUGAUGAGAUGGCGAUAUGUUGUGUCUGUCACCAUUUGGCUCCUCAUAUAUGAGUCUUCUGGUCCUCAACCAUCUCAAUAAGAUCUGCUGAUCGCAUUGGGGUCAAUCGGUGCACUGCAUUGCAUGAUAUGUGCUAACUCUAUAUAGUUCAUGAAA